AUUUUGGUCAAUUUAAGGGAAGUUUCGUUUGGAUUGCCGGUAAUUUGUACAAAAAAUUAUAAAAAAUUAAAGGAAUUUUAAGGAGUUUUCAAGAAUUUUUAGAAAUCUUCAAAAACUCAGAUAAUUCAUCAAAAUGGACUCUGAUGAGUGGGUUUGGGACUUUGAUGCCGAUGAUGAGGAAAGCAGUGAAUAUUCUUUCGACCGUCCUGAAUAUGUACCUGAAAGCAGAGUCCAAAAAAUCGAUGUCGAAAAGAUGCGAAUAAUAGAAACCACUGAAGACAGACGUCUCAGCAAAGUAAAACUCAACGAAGAAGAAGAGCUGAUUGAAGAUUUAAGAGUUCUCAAUAUCGGAUAUUUGUGCAAUGAAGCUCCCAAAGACCACAAAUUCAUAAAACGAUGGGAAAAUGAGAACAAAGAAGCUGUUGUUGCACAAGGAAUUGUCCCGGUAUUCGUGGGACCGAAAUAUUUUGAUGUCUCAAUGUGGAAUGGAAGGAAAAGUAAAAAGUCGAAGAGCAGGAAAAAGGAUAAAAAUCCGUUUCGGCAGUCGUUGGUUGAAAAAGACAUAAAUCCUUUCAGAAAUUUGCCUGUAGAGACAAAUCCUUUCAGAGAUAAAUCGAUAGAAAAGCUCCCGGAAAAGGGAAGAAGACCGAGUGUUGCUGAACAAAUCCUUCAAUCGGUGAAAAAUCAACAGAAAAUCAAGAAAAAGAAGUCUUUCAAGAAGUUUCAAGGGGAUUUGAACUUUAAUCCAGAAGUUACGGGACCAACAAUUGGUCCUGAAGGUCACAAAUUUGAUGAAAUACGAAAAUCAAGAAAUCCGUUCGUUGUUAGAUAGUUGUUAGGGAAUUGUUUAAAUUAAAAAUAAAGAGAUUUUAUUUGCAUUAUUAAAUUAAAUUAAUAAUUUAAAAAUAAAAUUAAAGAGAUUGAAUGUUUAAAUUAGAUAGAAUUAAUUAAUU